GUACAGCGCGCUCUCGUGGUCGUCAUGUUGCGUCCCCCCACCCUCUAUUUGCCUGUUCGUACGAAAACCGUGUAGCCUACACAUCGAAGUCAUACGAAACACAUCAAGUACAAAAAACAUCGUUCAAUCUGCGUGCACAAGCCUCGCCACAGUCAUUUGUAUUAUUUGCAUUCGCCGACAAUGAGACUUCUUCGCGUGCCUCUCAACUUUCUCUUCCCACACAUGAGCGUGCCUGGCCGGAACCCCGUUGCCAUCUCGCCGCCCUCUGUCAAGCGCGCGCACGCUUACCCGCAAAGCCUGCGAUAGGGAAGGGAGCAGAGUUGGGAGGCAAAACACUGAAAAACCACAAGGAACCAGCAUUGAGAAGGGACUCAAGAGAAAGAAACGACGAGAGGCAGUACACGAUACGAACAAUCUGGAAUAUGUUCGCAGUGUUUUGGUUACACUACUUGUAAGACGGCAACGGGAGAAACAAGAUGAACAUUCAUUGGCAGCGCAUGUUUCUCUCUGGCUACCUCUUGGACGAUGUUUCGAGCGCAGUGGAGGCAGUGUGAACGUUGAACGGGCGUCGCGAGAACAUUUCUCCCAUUCUCUGCGCUGCGAAAACAGUCGCGUGCAAGCGAGGGCUAACGGCUGCGGAGUUUGCAAUCAUUAAACAAAAGGGAAAAGCUCUGAACUACGCCGAAAACAGUGCCAUACCCAGCACAGAAGGCUGUACGAAACCACACUUUGCUGCGUGGCUGAAGCGAGCAGGAAUCUCCACCGCUGGAGCCCGGUGUACUGUAGGCUACAAGUAAAUUGUGGAAAGCGGUUGCAAAUUCAGAUGUUCUGCGAUGUUUCUGUUUUGAAUGCUGAAGUUUUAUUGUACACAAAAGCACUCGUUGGCUCCCAGAAGAGGAAUUUAUCAGGCUAAUUUGGGGGAAGUGUGCCUUUUCCCACUUCAGGAUUAAAACGCUGAGAAGGUGCUGAUAAACAAAAAUGCAUACGGAUUUAUAUUGUCGUGAGAACCGCUGAGGAUGAAGAAAAGAAAAACGCAUUUGGGCUUUCUUUAAAUCUGUUGACGAAAAAUAGGUAAACCAACGGGAUUCUAAAACACUUUUUUCCGAGGGAGUGUCAUUCUGUCUCUAGACUGUUGUCAAUGAUCUGGUCAAAGAAACUUAACCCUUUAUCUGCCUAUUAUACCAUGUAAAUAAUUAUUUGAAUUUGCUGAAAGAAUAUAGUUUCUGGAGUGGUCAUUACCUUGGUUUCAACACAUCAAAUGUAACGUAGAGUGAGUGGAUCAAAACACCCACAUACUCUGUGUUAUAUAUCGUGAUAACUGUAAAAUAAUUGUAUAGCACAGAAACAACUUUAAAAACAAGUUUAUUGUCAAUUGCAUUCCGUUUUACGAAGGAGUCAGAAAGGAUUACGCCUGUCUCGCUCGCGUGCCAGUAGGAAUCGCGGAGUUUCCCCCUCUCGGGGCAGCGAGUGAACCCGGACCCUCCUGAACGCCCGCUCGCCGGUUUUAAGUGUUGGUGCAAAAAAAAAGUCUGUUUUUCCACGACCGAAAUGGAGGAAUGGAGACAAUGCGGACGGUGGCUAAUCGACUGCAAAGUCUUGCCCCCGAACCACCGGGUCGUGUGGCCGUCGGCAGCCGUGUUCGACCUGGCCCAGGCUCUCCGUGACGGCGUGCUCUUGUGUCAAAUGCUGCACAACCUUUCGCCCGGAUCUGUGGACCUAAAGGAGAUCAACUUCAGACCACAGAUGUCUCAGUUCCUGUGUCUGAAGAACAUCCGGACCUUCCUCAAGGUGUGCCACGACAAGUUUGGCCUGCGCAGCAGCGAGCUCUUCGACCCCUUCGACCUCUUCGACGUGCGGGACUUCGGGAAGGUCAUUUCCGCCCUGUCCCGAAUCUCCCACCACAGCUUCGCACAGAACAAGGGCAUCAGGCCGUUCCCGUCGGAGGACACGGCGGUGAACGAGGACGACGUGUACCGGAGCCUGGAGGAGCUAGCGGAUGAGCACGAUGUGGGAGAAGAUGACAUCUACGACUGCGUGCCGUGCGAGGACGACGGCGAUGACAUCUACGAGGACAUCAUCAAGGUGGAGGUUCGACAGCCAAUGAUCAGGUACAUGCAGAAAAUGGGGAUGACUGAGGAGGACAAACGGAACUGCUGCCUGGUGGAGAUCCACGAGACCGAGGCCAAGUACUACAAGACCCUGGAGGACAUCGAGAAGAAUUAUAUGAUUCCACUGAAGCAAGUCCUCAGUCCCCAAGACAUGGAGGCCAUUUUUGUUAAUCUGGAGGAUGUGAUUAAAGUCCACUUCUCCCUGCUGAGGGCCAUUGACAUGAACAUGGUGGGCGGCGGCGGUGGUCUGGGAAAGAUCUUCCUGGAUUUCAAGGAAAGGUUGCUGAUAUACGGCCAGUACUGCAGCCAGAUGGAGAACGCCCAGAAGACUCUGGACGAGCUCAUCGCCACACGCGACGACAUCAGGAUGAAAGUGGAGGAGUGCACUAUGAAGGUUCAAGAAGGGAAAUUUAAACUCCAGGACUUGCUGGUGGUUCCCAUGCAGAGAGUCCUGAAGUACCAUCUCCUACUAAAGGAGCUGCUGAGUCGCUCCACUGACCGGCCUGAGAGAGAGCAGCUAAAGGAGGCGCUGGAGGCCAUGCAGGAUUUGGCUAUGUAUAUAAACGAGGUAAAAAGGGACAACGAGACCUUGAAAAAAAUCAGCGAAUUUCAGAGUUCGAUAGAAAACCUUCAGGUGAAUCUGGAGGAGUACGGGAGGCCAAAGAUAGACGGCGAGCUGAAGGUCUCCUCCAUCGUCAACCGCACCAAACAGGACAGGUACAUAUUCCUGUUCGACAAAGUGGUGAUCGUCUGUAAGCGCAAGGGCUACAGCUACGAGCUGAAGGAGAUCAUCGAGCUGCAGUCCUACAAGAUGUCCGACGACCCCAUGAACAACCGGGACAUGAAGAAGUCCAGUGGAAAAAUGUGGUCCUAUGGGUUCUACCUGAUCCACCUGCAGGGGAAACAGGGCUUCCAGUUCUUCUGUAAAACUGAGGACAUGAAGAGGAAGUGGAUGGAGCAGUUUGAGAUGGCCAUGUCCAACAUAAAGCCAGAGAGAGCCACAGCAAACCAGCACAACUUUCAGAUGCACACGUUUGAGAAGAACACCAACUGCCGAGCCUGUAAAAUGCUACUGAGGGGGAUAUUCUACCAGGGGUAUUACUGCUCCCGCUGUGGGACGGGAGCUCAUAAGGAGUGCCUGGAGGUCAUUACCAUCUGCAAAAUAAAUCCACAUGACUUGGAACCCGGCCCCACUGCAUCAGGUCCGAAGAUGGUGGCGGUGCGUAAUUACCACGGGACCCCCUCCCCCCCCGGGAAACCACCUCUCUCCUUCCAGACCGGUGAUGUCAUCGAGCUGCUGAAGGGAGAUCCCGACACCUCCUGGUGGGAGGGCCGGCUCAUUCAGACCCAGAAGACGGGCUUCUUCCCAAACUCCUGCGUGAAGCCCUGUCUCGAUCCCAAGCCAUUCCAGUCCUUCCCCAGUCGACAGUCGUCCAGAGAAACGGAUUAUUACGUGUACCCCUGGUUUGCUGGGAACAUGGAGCGGCAGCAGGCCGACAACCUGCUCAAGUCGCACAGCAGCGGGACCUACCUGAUCCGCGAGCGAACUGCCGAGGCCGAGAGAUUCGCCAUCAGCAUCAAGUUCAACGAUGAGGUGAAGCACAUUAAAGUUGUGGAGAAGGACAACUGGAUCCACAUCACAGAAGCAAAGAAGUUUGAGAGUCUCCUGGAGCUGGUGGAGUACUACCAGGCGCACUCCCUGAAGGAGAGCUUCAAGCUCUUGGACACCACGCUGCGGUACCCCUACAAAUCGCGAGAGCGCUCCACGUCCCGCGCCAGCACCCGCUCCCCAGCAGCCCCCUGUGCUUCCUACAACUUCUCUUUCCUCAGUCCUCAGGGCCUCAACUUCUCCUCUCAGACCUCCGCCCCCUUCUGGUCAGUGUUCACGCCCAGGGUGGUCAGCACGGCGGUGGCCAGGUACAACUUCGCCGCCCGCGACAUGAGAGAGCUGUCCCUGAGGGAGGGGGACAUCGUGAAGAUCUACAGCAAGAUCGGGGGGGACCAGGGCUGGUGGAAGGGGGAGGCAAACGGCAGGAUUGGUUGGUUUCCCUCGACAUACGUCGACGAGGAAGGAGUGCAGUGAUUGGACGAGAGGCUCUGACGUCAUCCUUCCUCCUCCACUCAGAAGACUCCCGUUCGCAGCCCUCUGAGAGGACUCCUGGGUUUCCAUGGAAACUGCCUGUGAAAUAUUUUGCUGGACCCUGGCCUCAGCUGGUUUUACAGUGAACGUGUACUGAUGUUUUCUUUGGUCGUGUCAUGAAUCUGCUUGGUUUUUUUUUUUUUUUUAAUCAUAAAAAAAACGUCCAGAAGAACUCCGCGAAGAUAGAAAUGGACUCUGAAGUUGCUGACCCUAACUGAAUCGGGCGUGUUUAUUAUGCAGACUGCUGAAGUGCAGCAGCUCAGAGAGUAAACUCGCAGUGUGGUGACGCAGGAGGCUGGCUUCGCUGUCGUAAAGUAAUACUCUCCUGCACUAAUGCAGGGCGGUGAGAAGGGAGUAAUGUAAUGUACAAAUAAUUUAUUUUAAGAGAUGGACCGAUAUUAAUGAAUAUAGGGAAAGUCUGUACUUUUCAGCAAAAGCGGCAUCGAAAAGAGGAAGGAGAGAGAAGACGGCGAGCGUCUUCGCUGGGAGAAUUUGCCUUAGUUGUCAUGGCAAUGCCUUUGCGGGUAGACGAGGGUGGGGGUGGGGAGAAGGACGGAAAGCGCUUGGCACAGGAAGUCACUCUGUCCGUACAGGAAGUUACUCCGUCCGUGCACGCUGUGCCUUGCAGACAUCAUCCCUGAGCUCUGACUGUGGUCACAGUCGCUGGUCACCACGUGACAUAAAGAUCAUGAGCUUGGCGGCCAUUUCAGGAACCAGGCGGCACAGAGGUACGAGAUCUGUGGCCAUGGCAACGGAGCGGUCAGGAGAAGAGGCUGCAGCCAAUGCGUUCCACCUUUGUCAGUCAUCUGCCCUUCAUUAGUCUGUCCGUCCAUUUGUCCAAACACCUGUCACACAGAGAGAGGCCCUAUCCUACAGAGAGAGGCCCUAUUCUUCAGAGAGAGGCUCUGUCCUACAGAGAGAGGCCCCAUAUUACAGAAAGAGGCCCCAUUCUUCAGAGAGAGGCCCUAUACUACAGAGGGAAGCCCUAACCGACAGAUAGAGGCCCUAUCCUACUGGUUUGGAUGAAGAACAGCCCUCUCCCACAAACACACAUGCACACACACAUAUAUGCAGAGACACAAUGUGCACACACACACGCAUACACAGACACACAUGCACACACACAAGGUGCACACACACACACACACUCACACAUGCACAGGGAGAAAGCAUGUAUUUGUGCAAGGAGUCACUGUGCUCACUGGACCAUAACUAAUGCAGCUAAAACUCGGCAGGAAACUUCAAAGUUCAGCUCCUUACACUACUUACAGGUGUGUACUAGCCAGACUCCCCCCAACACCUUACAGGUGUGUACUGGCCAGACACCCCCCUUACAGUUGUGCACUGGCCAGACACCCCCCCCCCCCCCCCCUUACAGGUGUGUACUGGCCAGACACCCCCUCCCCUCUUCUGCAGCUGAAUUGAAAUGAGACACGUUUCACUGGACUGAGUGGUUGCAGCAUUAAUGACUACAUACGGGGGUGGAAGUGGAACAGUGUGAAGGGAGGCUGAUGCUCUGUGUAAAAGGGUAAUUAUUUAUCUUUGCGCUGCGUCACAGCACUUUAAAACCAUGGGUACUUGUGUCAUAUGGGAUUCAAAAGGGAAAUUUCAGCGCCCUCUAGAACGCGCUGAUGGAAAUCUAUUGGAUAUGUUCAUUGUUUGCACACAUCAGAUUUUACCUGAACCCGAACCCUCUUUACAGAUGGAACAAUAUAGCCAUUUCAUUAAAAAACCCUCCAAGUUCAA